AUGCCUCUUGCAUGCCCGAACCUCCCCGAUCCCCGUUUCAUCUUUGUCCUCCUCAUCUUAGUCGUUUACUGCAAAGUACUGCUUGCAGUCAUGCGACACUUCUCUCAGUUGGCGCUGGGGGACUCGUGCGGGGUGUGUCUUGCGCUGCGCCGUCUUGCCGACAAAAGCCAACCCACCGGCGUGCCGGAAAAACACGGCAGCGAAGCUGUGAGCGAAGCCGUUCCCGGCGCCGGCGCUACCUCUCUGUCCUCUCGUCUUGCGACAAAUCACAGCGGCAACGUAGUGUCUGCCCUUAGCGAGGAGGUGGCGGCUCGUGGGCGGGAGGACCACUCGUCGCACCGCGACUUUAUGUUUCAGGCGGAGUGGCAGCGUACCGGCCGUCACGCAGACGGAGGGCAUCGCCGGUCUCAGCCGCAGCGGUCUCGACGGCGCUCCACUCGCACCUCAUUUACACAUGACGAGCGGGGGAGUGCGGAGGCGGCUGUGAGUAGGCGAGAUCCUCGCGACUCGGAGGAGCUGCCUGUGGUGCACCCCGGAGCUGACCUCCCGCCUGUACCCCAGCGUGCGCUCGUCGAAAAGCGUGCGGGGAAGUUCUCGUUUGUCAGCGAUCCGAGCCAGCGUGCUAGCCGCGACUUCUAUGGCAACGAGGUGCCAAACAACACACCGAAGCCGAAGUUGCCGAUGUGGGCCUCGAGCCUGACCUCGCCGGCACUGGGCAAGGUGCGCCUGGUGGAGGAGUCGUGGAUCUCACGGGACGCACGGGGUGUGCUUGGCGAAAAUGUCACUGCUCCGUUUGUGCGUUGGCUAUGCAGCAGUGUGCUGCCCGUGGACUCGGCUCUGCGAGAGCAGCUGGAGGCAAACGUGCUGCUGGACCUGCACCUCACCACUGCCCGCGGUGUGUAUGCGAAAAGGGCGUUCAGGCGGGGGGAUGUGGUGCUCACGAUUCCCCUCUUCUUGGCUGCCCAAAGCGAGGCCCCGAGCUGCGCAGCGUGGCUUACCCUAGACAGCGAAACACUGUCGAGGUACUCCACGGCUGCGCAGCUCCGAUUUUUACUACUUUCUUAUAAUCUCGUCAAGGAGGGGGGGGAGACCGCGCCGAUUCUCGUUUGUUCCUAUUCUGGCCGCGCACUUCAUAGUUGGAGGGGGGGAGAUAUAUUCCGGCUUCGUUCUGCAAAUGGAGUACCGGAUUCAAUCGCACCUCUUUCCCGUUCUAGAGGUAUGAAUAAACAUAAAAGACUGGUGGUGACCAGAUUUAUCGCAAUGGGAUCCCACAGUGAGGUGAAA